CGGAUCUGGGUCAUGAUGAAAGUCGAGAAGGAAUUCGUCGGCACACUAAUGGGUUUGACGACUACGUUAACAUGGUGCUGGAGAACGUCACAGAAUACGAACAGGUUGGCGACGUGAAGGAGGUCAACCAUCUCGAUCAGAUCCUGCUCAACGGCAACAACAUCUGCAUGCUUGUUCCUGGAGGCGAGUAAGUAUCGUCGUACUGGAAUAUAGUUCUAUGUACCGUGCAACUGUUGACACUAACUGGAUUGC